AUGUCGACCGACGAAAGCUACACGUAUCACGAUGUUGUCUUAGACAUCCAAGGGCAGAUUGGUGUCAUAAAGCUGAAUCGGCCUAGGGCCCUCAACUCUUUCGGCGGUAACAUGCAGAUUGAGGUCUUGACGGCAUUAAGAGUACUCGAUGAACAUCCCACAACUGUCUUCACCGUCUUGACUGGGGAAGGACGUUUUUUCUCUAGUGGAGCUGAUGUGAAAGCUGAAGCAAGCCGCGAGGAGCGAGUGUUUGGGAGUGCGGCCGAGAAGAAAGUUUUUUACAUGUCCAUGUUUGCCAGCGCGAUGGAGACUCUGAGAUCGUUGAUAACUCAUACAAAGAUCCUGGUUGUUGCAUUGAAUGGGCCUGCAGUUGGUGGUGGGGCAGCUUGGUUCCCAGCGGUUGCUGAUAUCACAGUAGCAUCAGAGACGUCGUACUUGCAAGUUCCAUUCAGUCAGCUGGGCUUGGUACCUGAAUAUGGAUGCGCCGUUCACUUCAGACAACUAAUUGGCCCACAUCGAGCCAACGACUUUUUGAUGUUUGGUAGGAAGAUCUCCAACCAAGAGAUGGUCGACUGGGGGAUUGUGAGCACGAUUUUGCCAGUGAAGGGAUUCGACAAGGCCGUGUUGGCGUUCCUCAAGGAUAAACUUGACGUCAACGAUGGCAGAAGCAUGAUCGAGGCCAAGAGACUUCAAAACGAGCCUCUACGGGCUGAGCGACUGCUGGCUGUCUACGAAGCAGCCGAUGCAUUGGCUGAGCGGUUUGUGAUCAACGCUCCCCGGGAUAGAUUCCUGCAGCAGAGUGCAAAAUUACGCGGUAAGACUGGCUGA